AUGCCACGACCAUCAAUUACACCAAAGACUUUCAAGAGUUUGAAUUAUAUUCUCGAUAAUAGAGUUGUUUUUCCAACUAAUUUGAAGAAAAUAACGACCAUCUAUAACUCUUACGGAGGACAGGUAAACUCUAUUUCUAGAGAUUUUGUUGUUAAACACUAUCCAGCUAUUCAACAUUUCAACCCACAAACAGAAUGCAAGAGAGUUAAAUAUAACAAGACUUCAGGUUUUGCUAAAAUUGUCAUUGAAUUGGAUGACGGAACACAAACAGCCAUCAAGGUUCAAGAAACAGAUAAUGAACAAACUCUUGCCGAACGUAUUAAACAAACUGCUCUCUCAUUAACUGAAACUCAAUACGAACCAGAAGUUGCUAUUUUCAUCAAGGAUUUUGCUAAGCGUGUUCAAGAAUCCAAGUCAUUGGUCCAACAACAAUAA